AUGCUGUUCCGACUGCAGUUGGCCCUGGUGGCCAUUCUGCCCGCUGCUUUGGCUUCCCCCACGGUCACCAUCUCACAACCCCAGGCCACCAUUGUGGGCUCCUCGGGAUUGAAUAACGUCGACAGCUUCAAUGGAAUUCCAUUUGCCAAACCUCCAACGGGUUCCCUUCGACUAAAGCCCCCACAGCCUAUUCAAACCUCUCUAGGUACCAUACAAGCAUCCGGAGUGGCCAAGUCCUGCCCGCAAUUUUUCUUCGAUGACAACUGGAGCGCCUUCCCGUCAUCCGUCCUGGGCGAUUUGAUGAGUCUUCCCCUCUUCCAGAACGUCACAGAUGCGGGAGAAGACUGCCUGAACCUCAAUAUUAAUCGUCCUUCAGGAACUGAAGCUGGUGCUAAACUCCCAGUGCUGGUUUGGAUUUUUGGCGGCGGCUUCGAACUCGGCUCCACUACCAUGUAUAAUGGCGGCAGUUUUGUCGCGGACUCCAUGAAUUUGAAUAUGCCUGUCAUCUUCGUUGCAAUGAACUACCGCUGUGGUGGUUUCGGAUUCAUGCCUGGAAAGGAAAUAUUAAAAGAUGGCUCAUCGAACCUCGGCCUGCUGGACCAGCGGCUUGCUCUAGAGUGGGUGGCAGACAAUAUCGAGGCAUUCGGUGGCGACCCAUCUAAAGUGACCAUUUGGGGUGAGUCUGCCGGUUCCAUCUCCGUCUUUGACCAGAUGGCUCUGUAUGAUGGCAACAACACUUACAAUGGCUUGCCUCUAUUCCGCGCCGGGAUCAUGGACUCUGGUAGUAUGGUGCCUGCCGACCCAGUCGAUGGUGUCAAGGGCCAGGCCGUCUAUGACGUUGUUGUCAAGGAGGCAGGCUGCAGCAAUGCAAAUGACACGCCUGAGUGUCUCAGAGGGUUGGACUACAAUGAUUUCUUGAUUGCAGCCAACUCUGUUCCAGGCAUCUUGAGUUACAAUUCUGUGGCUCUAUCGUACCUACCUCGACCCGACGGCACGGUACUUACUGACUCACCGGAGAACCUGGUUACAAGCGGCAAAUAUGCCAGUGUGCCUUUUAUCAUUGGUGACCAGGAAGAUGAGGGAACCCUGUUCGCUCUGUUUGAGUCCAACAUUACCACAACAUCUGAGGUUGUAGACUACCUGCAGGACCUUUUCUUCUUUGAUGCCACACGAGAGGAGCUCGAACACCUGGUUGGGCUUUACCCGAAUAUCACCACCGAUGGUUCCCCAUUUGGUACUGGAUCGAUGAACGACUGGUAUCCACAGUAUAAGAGAAUCGCUGCCAUCCUUGGCGAUCUUACUUUUACCCUCACGCGUCGAGUAUUCUUGAAUCUGGCGGCUAAGGUCAAGCCCGACAUUCCAUCUUGGUCCUAUCUGGCCUCUUAUGAUUAUGGCACACCUAUCUUGGGCACUUGCCACGGCUCUGAUAUCUUGCAAGUCUUUUACGGGAUUCUCCCGACCUAUGCAUCCAAGUCCAUUCACACAUAUUACCUUUCGUUUAUAUAUGACCUGAAUCCGAAUUCUCAGGCGAGUGACUACAUGAACUGGCCUCAAUGGAGCGGCAACCACAGUUCAAUGCAAUUCUUCAAUGACCACGGUGCUUUGCUUCCUGAUACUUUUCGCCAAGCGUCUGCCAGUUUUAUCUAA